AUGUGUACAAUUGGAAAAACGUCUGAAAUUCUUGCCGAUGAAGAUGAAUCACAAAUCAUAGGUGUUCGUGGAGAAAACUGUGUCAGUCGUUGCCAAGCCCAUGUGACUCCUGAGGCGGUAAUCACACGGACUCGGUCACAAAAUAACACAACCUAUUCAAUCGAUCGAAGUUCAGCUGUGAUGGGCUUCGAAAGUGAUACUCGUACAAACACUUCUACUACCAGACAACAUGAAAUAGGCACGCGAUGGUAA